AUGCGAAGCAGCAGCUCAAAGACACAAGCAGAUCCAACAACAACAACAACAACCACAACCUGCGCUGAUGAGGCCGUUACGAAGGAGGGCUGUGAUCGCAGCAGCCACCACCGCCACGGCGGUGCUGCUGUUGGGGGUGGUGUUGCAAGGAACAGCGUGUCGGAUGCGUUGUACGACCAGAACUACGUGUGGCUGCGCAGCGUCAACGCCAUUGACAGGAACACGCAGCGACCGACGGCACGGCGCGGUGCCACGUGCUACGUCUCGGACCGGUUCAAGUUUGUGUUCCACCACGUGCUGAAGAACGGCGGAUCAACGAUCAUGGUGCGCCUGAAGCUUGGCAUUGGCGAGACAAUCCCAGGCCACAAGCCCGGUGAGCCCUGGCCCGGUGACAUGCACAAGCGUGCCUUCACAUCGCACGACAAGUCAUGGCUGCGCAGGACACACUGCUCGAAGGCUGUGAGAGAGCUGCGGGACUACGUCCACUUCGCGUUUGUCAGGGACCCGUAUUCUCGACUGCGCAGCAUACAGGCAUUUGCCACGCACCUGCGGCGACCUGAGCACCGCGCGUUUCCGCGGCCGAUCCCGUCCCUUGACACGCUGGCCACCUCCAGUGACCCGGAGGGCGCGUUCCGUGGUGCCACCACCAUGGAGAUCGGGCAUGCCAUGCCGCAGUCUGGAGUGGUGGCGAGUGGGAGCGGAUGGGUUGUGGACUUUGUUGCGGACAUUCGCUUUAUGCGGGAGGCAUUCCAGGACCACCUUGUCCCCGUGCUGAAGCAGAGGCUUGCUGGCACGGGCGUUGACACGACGCCACUGGACAACUUUGCGGCGUACUUUGGCAUGACAAAGCAAGUGAACGUGAUGAAGAAGAAGGAAGUUGACUUGGAGGAGGAGGAGCGCAUUCGCUGCCUGCUCUACAAGAGCCCCGUUUAUCGCCGGGACUACGAGCUCUUCUACACCACGCACGAGCGCAAGCGACGGCAGGCAAAGUGA